CAUCUGUGAGACAGCAGCUCCAGUCCUGAAGCCUGCGCGGGACGGGAGUUGCGGGAAUGCGCAGGCGUGGGUGCGGGCGGGCGGACGGACGGAGAGACGCUCGAGCCGAAACGGUUUGAACGUGGCCUGCGCAGGAAGUUGUCGCCAACUCGUUGGAGACGGCAAUGGAGAAAUACCAGAAGAUGAAGGUGGUGGGAAGGGGAGCUUUCGGUAUUGUCCAUCUGUGUUUGCGGAAGGCUGACCAAAAACUGGUGAUCCUCAAACAAAUUCCCGUCGAACAGAUGACUAAAGAUGAGAGACUGGCUGCUCAGAAUGAAUGCCAAGUGCUGAAACUCCUCAACCAUCCAAACAUAAUUGAAUACUAUGAAAACUUCCUGGAGGACAAGGCACUAAUGAUAGCCAUGGAAUACGCGCCAGGAGGUACUUUGGCUGACUAUAUCCAGAAACGCAACUCCCUGUUAGAUGAAGAAACCAUCUUGCACUUCUUUGUACAGAUCCUUUUGGCCCUCCAUCAUGUGCAUAACAAGCUUAUUUUGCACCGUGAUCUGAAAACACAGAAUAUCCUACUUGAUAAGUAUCAAAUGAUAGUGAAGAUCGGUGAUUUUGGUAUCUCAAAGAUUCUAAGCAGCAAAAGUAAAGCCUACACAGUGGUGGGUACUCCAUGUUACAUCUCUCCGGAACUGUGUGAAGGAAAACCAUAUAACCAGAAGAGUGAUAUCUGGGCACUGGGCUGCGUACUAUAUGAGCUGGCCAGUUUGAAGAGGGCCUUUGAAGCUGCUAAUCUGCCAGCUUUAGUGCUGAAGAUCAUGAGCGGUACAUUUGCCCCCAUAUCUGACCAGUACAGUCCCGAGCUGCGCCAGCUGAUCCUGAACAUGUUGAGCCUUGACCCAUCCAAACGCCCACAGCUCAGUGAGAUAAUGGCUCAGCCAAUUUGCAUCCGGGCUCUUCUGAAUCUCUACACUGACAUUGGCAGUGUCAAAAUGAGGAGAAUUGAAAAACCGUUAUCGACAGUUGCACCUGCUUCACACAGGCGGACUGGUGGAAGGGUAAACUGUGCUAGGUCAAGAGGUGGAUUCCUUACAAACUCCAGUAAGUCAGGGAUACCUCUUCCCCUUUCCACUGUGUAUACUUGGGGGAGUGGAAUAAUUUCUCCUCUCAGGCUGCCAAUGCUCAACACUGAGGUAGUACAGGUCUCUGCUGGGAGAACUCAAAAGGCAGGAGUGACCAGAUCAGGACGACUUAUCAUGUGGGAGGCUUCUCCUGUAGGCACUGGAGAUAUAUCUCUCCCUGGUUCCUUAGAGCAGACCCAGCCCCAGUUUAUCUCUAGGUUUCUAGAAGGUCAGUCUGGCGUGGCAAUCAAGCAUGUCUCUUGUGGAGACCUUUUUACAGCAUGUCUUACAGAUAGAGGGAUAAUAAUGUCAUUUGGAAAUGGUAGCAGCGGUUGUUUAGGUCACGGCACUUUCAAUGAUGUCACACAGCCCAAAAUUGUUGAGGCACUGCUUGGAUAUGAGAUUGCCCAGGUUUCAUGUGGGGCAUCACAUGUUUUGGCAGCAACCAAUGACCGUGAAGUGUUCUCUUGGGGAAGAGGAGACAAUGGUCGGCUUGGCUUGGAAUCUCAGGAGUCACACAAUUCUCCUCAGCAAGUAUGUGUACCUGCAGAACAUGAAGCCCAGAAAAUUUUAUGUGGAAUUGACUGUUCAAUGAUUCUCACAACACAAAAUCACAUUUUGGCUUGUGGCAGUAACAGAUUUAACAAACUUGGUUUGGAUAAAUUAACUGCAGCUGAGGAUUCUCAUACCUCUAAUCAAGUUGAAGAAGUUCACGUUUUCACUCCUGUGCAAUCAUUCCCCCUUAAUGAAGGGAAUAUUGUGCAUGUGGAUGUAGGGACAGCACACUCUGCAGCAAUUACAGAAACUGGAGAAUGUUAUACAUUUGGCAGUAACCAACACGGACAAUUAGGCACCAACACACGUCACAAUAAUCGAUUGCCAUACUUGGUUUCUAACCUAUGCGGAGUAAAGGUUACCAUGGUUGCUUGUGGUGAUGCUUUCACAGUCGCGAUUGGAGCAGAAGGAGAAAUUUAUACCUGGGGAAAAGGUGCCAGAGGAAGACUGGGAAGGAAAGAAGAAGACACUGGAAUACCUAAACAAGUACACCUGGAUAAAAGUAAUCCCUGUUUUGUUACCUCCGUUGCAUGUUGUCAUGGAAACACGUUGCUGGCAGUAAAACCUUUGGGUGAUGAAGCCAUUCCAAGAUGACCUGAAGUAAUCAGCUGUAGCUGUUCUGUUUUCUUUGGAUCAGAAAAUAGCUGAACAUAAGACAACGCAGAAGAAAAGGCGACUAAUGCAAAACCUGCAGGCUUCUUUGGAGCUUCUGUGUAAAUACCACAGUAUUACUGGUAUUGUUGACAUUUAGGAAUAGACAUUGAGCAGCCAAAUAUUCAUAUUCCCACACCUUCAAAUUUUGUUCUGAUGGCAAAA